UUUAUAUGCCUUUUCACUUAACAAUAUCGACUAACUGCCAUCUCUAAUUCGGCGCCGGCUAUAACGAAUAUUACACAAGUAACCGCAGCUAAAUUGUAAAUAAAAAGGCGUUAGCAAAAUGGUUGGACUGAAAUUUCCGUCGAACCGAACAUUGGGCACCAUUUGUGUCUACGGUGCCGUGGCCUCCAUAUCCGCAGUAAUGUACAUGAAGUGGAAGAUGGAGGAUCGGGUGAAAUCUGCAGAGUACUACAAACUGGCGUUGAAGGCACUGCGGAGCCAUCGAGGAGCAGUUGGCCUCCUGGGAGAGCCCAUCAAGGACUCGGGCAUUGAUCUGUCAAACGCGAACAACAAUUGCAAUGCGGAGGAGGCAAAUUGCGAGGUGCCUGUGCGGGGCAGCAAGGAUAAAGGCACUUUAUUUUUUUGGGCCUCUAAUCAGCCGGAUAGAGGCUGGCUGAUCGACCGACUGGAGCUGGAAACAAAACUCAACCCGGAUAAACGUUUUUUGCUCAAAAAAUCUGAGGAACUAACUUUUGAUCUGCCCGAGAGCAUAAGCAAACUUCCUGCCCAGCAGGUUGAUUCCAAUGUUAUUCUAUCCGAAUCGGAUCAGCAACCAGAAACACAUUCAAAGUGACGACAAUGUCCGAUUCAAUUAGUUUAUUCUCUUUAAAUUUGACUAAUUCAAGCAAUCUUAAAUGUUUUAUAGUUAUGUUAUUUUAAUUACAAAUUUAUUGUUUUUAUAAAAUCAAA